AUGGAGAUUCAAAAUGCAUUUCAAAUUCAAUGGGACAAAACGCCGUAUCAAUCUUUUACGGAAUAUUUCUUUGCAAAAAUCCCGACGCACGGCAGCAAUCUGGCCAUUGUUGAUGUCGAUACCGGUAAACAGUGGCGAUACUCGGAAAUCAGGGGAUGGUGUGACAUGUGCAGCAUGCGUCUUAGGGAACUUCAGGUAUCAUCAACUAGCAGAGUGGCUGUAAUAACCGGAACUACUGGGCAAGCGAUUUUUGUUCACCUCGCAUGUGCUAUGAUAGGUUGUACUGCAGUAGCUGUAAACGGAUGGGGCACAGUGGAUGAGAUCUGGCAAGUUGUGGAUCUGAGCGAAGCGACACACCUAAUCGUGGAAUCGCAGUUCAUGCAGAAGGCUGAAGAUGUUCGAAGAAAAGCUCAAAUGAGAGGAGGUGGACGAAUCAAACAUGUACGACCGAUUGACGACGUACUCACUACGGAUGCUAUCGAAGCCAAGAGGAGGUUAGAAACGAGCAGCAAUGGCAGAAUGGAAAAUUAUUUUGUGCUUAUUUUUGUAGACUUUCCAGGAAUCCUCUCAUCAAAGAAGCAUCAUCAAAUAAGAUUACGUGGGUUUACCUAUCUCGGAGGGUGUUACAAAACGUUACUUAUUUCGGCAGGUGUCAGUGGUUGAUG